UCCUAUCAUCGAUCCGUCAAGGUGACGCAUAAAACAAGGCUGUUCCACGCGUGUCACGCGAGGCUGAAAUUGCAGGACCAAUUUCUUCGGCACUGCUCACCGGCUCGUGCCGCCAUGGUGCUACGUGUUGCUUCGCGCCGGUAAUUUCCCCGUCGCGACUUUCCUUCGCGACUGGCCGAACGAGCGGCGAACGCGUGGCUGCUCCUCGCCGUUAUUCCGGCCGCGCUAUCAAAGUUUCUAUCUAUCGGCGGCGCCGCGAGGCAACCACUUGCCGGCCUUUCGCGAUCCGUUUCGGCAGUGCCUCCUUCGAUGACUGGCGAAAUCCGCCGCGGUCCCUCCGCGCGUCUCGCUUUCGAUGAUCGAGAGGACGUUCGCGGCAAAGGUUACGGUCUUUCGAGUGUCGCGUGUCGGUGAACCGCGACGGUGAACUAUUAUGUGAGUUUAGCCGGAUACGUGUCCUGCGCGGCUUUGAGGUCGACGUGAUCGAGAGCUCGGCUAGGCCGCUGCGAGGAGGGGCCUUUCUGCUACACGAAGUUUCGACUAAAGCUUCAAACCAAGUUUGAAACUAAAGUUUCAAACAAGAAGUUUUUAAGACACGCCGAGCCUGCUCUUCCGGCAAUCGCGCCGAAUUUAACAGCCGAAGCACCUCGACGCUGGGGGCGAGGCGAGCGCAGAAGAAGGGUGUUCUCGUGGCGGAACGUGUUGUCUUCGGAUGACACCGAGGAGGCCGAGGAGCGGGUCUCGCGAAUAGAGUGAGCCGGAGGACGCCCCACCUGCGGGAAGCGAGGCUGUCGCGUGGUACUCGCGCGGUAUGCUCGAUUCUCGAUUCUCGAAGGGGCACACAUGCUCGCCUUCGCGUUCCCCUUCGGCUCCGUAAGAUAUCGGGACCUCCUUCACCGUGGUCCUCAAACGAGCCUCGCACUUCGCCAGAUCGACAGUCGAAGAGGACACGAUGCGAAUUUUCUGCGUGCUCUGCGGAUUGUUCCUGGCCGUCGCCAUUGCCGAUUGCAGCCCCAUCGUCAAGAGAGAAACGGAGGAGGGGACGCUGAAGGAGCUCGACCCGGUGAACGAAGUCUACGUCUUCGAGGCUGAAGAUGACGCGGCCGACGGUGAGGAGAAUGGCAGAGAAAAGAGGAAGAUCGGCGUGAAGCUCGGUGUGACGAAUGGCAUCAUCACCUUCGUGUUUGACAAAAUAGAUUCCUUCUUGGACUCGAAAACAAAAGCGCUCACAGUGCUCGACGACUCCAACCGUGCGAAGAACGCCGUUUUCGGGAUCGACUCUCAUCAAUCCGCCACUAAGCAGUUCAUCAACAACCUAAUAUCCCAGCAGAUACGCGCUGCGACGGGUAGCAUCGGCCCGCUCAUCAACAGCGCGACCGUACUGUUCUCAGGAAAGGCAAACGGUCUGUCGAACUCGCUGAUCUCGAAGAUUGCGCCGUUGAGUUCACUCUCCGGAGGUCUCUCCGGAGGUGGCAGCUCUGGAGGUACCACAGGUGACCACGGAGCCGGAGCCGGAGCCGGAGCCGGAGCCGGAGCCGGAGCUGGUACCGCCGGAUCGGCCAUCAUAGGCAACCUCUUGACCGCAGGCAUCAACACCCUGUCAUCUUUGAGCCAAAGCAGCGGCGGUACAAGCGGCGGCACAGGCGGCGCUUCCAGCGGGAGCACCGCUGGUGCCAGUGCCGGUGCUGGGAUCAAUAUCGGAGGUUUCGCCAACCUAGGAGGGAAUGCCAUCGGUACCACCACAGAGGACACGCCCGUGUUCGACAGGACUAGGGUGUCCUUGGAGUUGCCGUCGGCGGCUUUCGGUACCAGUUUCACCCUGGUCACUAACAUCAGCAAGGUCCUCAACAGCGUGAUCAUGAACUCGGCGCGUCGAACGCAGACUCUCCUGGAGAUCUUCAAGCCCUUCUUCCGCGGCUCCUUCGCUAUCAAGGGCUUGCCGUCGGACAACCCGCACUAAAUCCUCACGCACCUGCUAGCCCACGAGAAUUUGCUCAAUAAUCGUCCCUCUUCGUCGAAAGAGGAAGAAAGAGGAGGGAGAGCCUGCGUCCCCGCAGACUCUACGCCAACCAAAAACCGACGACAAUCCAGCUCGUGAAUUCUAUUCCAUAUAGCGAUCGCGUAGGAAGCCCUAGAUUCAAUUUAGAGGAGAUGUGUUUACGUCAUCGCUUCGCGGCGGUAGCUUUGUUGUCACUUAUAGAUUGUUAUUUAUGACGCCAUGUCUCCGGUUUGUUCCUUGUGCCUUGAACGAUUGCUACUCAUUCUCGUUCGUUUCUCCUCUUCUUGCGUGAGACUCGACAGUCGUGAGACGUUUUCAGACUCGCAUGUGUGUG